AGUGGCAUUUGUGUCAUUUUAUUACGUCACAGGAAUUGGCUGCCAAUUUAGGGGAGAAAUAGGGGUAUUAUUGUCAAUAGAGGGACUUUUCUUCCAGGAAGUGGGUUGGGAUCUGGUAAGCCAUAGAGAGGGUGGUCUCCAUCCAUUCUGUUUCAUAGGGCGGAAGCGAGAAGGGCAUGAAAAUAAAAAAGGUCCAAGGGCAGCCAUCGAAAAGUACAGAAAAGUCCCUGUUCGCCACGGGAAUUUACUCCCUUGUCUAACCUAGAAGUAGAAAAAGGAAGGGGGAAAGUUAGGGAAGGAGAAGAAGAUGAGAAAUCUAGUCACUUGCUUUCUCUUCAAAUGCUCCAAACUUUCUUCACAAAAGGCGAUCUCAGUCUCCUCAGAUCUGUUUUCUUCCUCUUUCUUCGCGAGAGAUCUGUUGGUUUCCAGUCAUGAAUCGUGAAAAUUCUAUCUCCGUUCCUGAUCGGUUUCUCUUCUUGACGAUUUCCGGCAAGAAACAACUCAAGAUCGAGAAAUAACGGUUUUCAGUGUCGGCGGCGGGCGAUUGAAUCGAGAUUCUUGUAGUUUUUUUCCGGUUGAUUUGAUUUCGGCGAUAAUAUUUGAAGAUUUCUGUGUGGAGAAUUCUAAUGAAUUCAAUGUUUCCGUGAGUUUCGUUGAUUGGAUCAUCGGUUUGGAAGGUUUUCUUGAAGGAAAAGAUGGGGAAAACCCCUAGAAAUCCGUAAAGGUUGCAGUCAGAGUCACGGGCGAUAGGAAGAGGGAGAAGGAGAUAGAAAGGGCUUUUUUUUUUUUUUUUUCGAAGGAAGAUGGAAGGCGAGGUGGGACCGCAAGUUGCUGCUCCGGUUUUCAUUCAUCAGGCGCUUACUGGACACUUCUGCGAAGCGCCUCCCAUGGCGAAGAAGCGAGAAUUACCUUGGCAAAAUGGUAAUUUUCAGCAGCAGCAGCAGCAGCAACAGCAUCAGUUACUGCAGUUCCAUCAGCAUCAGCAGUUGCGGAUGAAUUCGGGGUUCCCAAACCCUAAGAGUCAUUGGAACCCCAAGGGCUGGAAUUGGGACGGUGUUAUGUUCGUUGCGAAACCCUCGGCUGAGGUGGCCGAUGUUCUCCGGCUGGGGACAGCUGAGAUGGAGCAAAAGAAGACAGGCGAGGAGGCCUUUAAGCCUCAUCCAGUCGUGCCGAAGAGCUCUGCAGAUGAAGAUGGGGAAAGUCUUGCGUUGAAGCUCGGAGGAACCUCUUAUUCAGCCGAAGAGCCUGUGGGAAGGCCAAACAAGCGGGUUCGAUCUGGAUCUCCUGGUGGAGCUGGCAGCUACCCGAUGUGUCAGGUGGAUGAUUGCAGGGGGGAUCUUUCAAAUGCUAAGGAUUAUCACCGGCGGCAUAAGGUGUGUGAGUUUCACAGCAAGACCACCAAGGCACUUGUGGGGCAACAAAUGCAGAGGUUUUGCCAGCAGUGUAGCAGGUUCCACCCACUUUCAGAAUUUGACGAGGGAAAAAGAAGUUGUAGGCGUAGGCUCGCUGGGCAUAAUCGGCGAAGAAGGAAAACCCAACCUGAGGAGUCUUCCCCUCGGAUGUUACUCCCUGGUAAUCAGGAGAAUGGCUGUGGCGGAAAUUUGGAUAUCUUCAAUCUCUUAACCAUUUUAACACGCCUGCAGGGGAAUAAUACGAGUAAAACUGCCAAUGGCUCUUUGAUCCCUGAUAAAGAUCAGCUCAUCCAGAUUCUUAGUAAGAUAAACUCAUUACCCCCAGCUGCAAACUCUUCUGCAAGGUUGCCUGUGCCAGGAAGUUUAGAUCUGAACAUUUCAAACACCUCCCAAGCUUCUUCUGAACACCCUUACCACACGAAUGGAAAUCCAUCUGCUACAUCGACCGUGGAUUUGCUUGCUGUUCUUUCUGCUGCAUUGGCGGCAGCAUCUCCCGAUGCGCUUGCAAUUCUGAGGAGAGGAAUCAGUGAUAGUUGUGGUGAUGAUAAGUCUAAGGUAAACUUCCUGGAGCGGCCAGCUGACAUUGAUUUACAAAAGAAGCCAAGUUCUGCAUUUCCUUCGGCAGGAGCAGAGAUGAGUAAUAGUAGUUUUAGAUCUCCACUGGAAGUAUCAGAUUGUCCAGCUCAAGAGCCUCGAACUAGUUUACCAUUGCAGCUGUUUAGUUCCUCUCCUGAGGAUGACAGUCCACCGAAAUUGGGAUCAGCAAGGAAGUACUUUUCUUCCGACAGCAGUAAUCCCAUGGAAGAGAGGUCUCCUUCGUCAUCUCCUGUUGAGCAGAAACUGUUCCCUCUACAUUCUGCAACAGAAAUUAUGAAACCAGAGAGGAUGUCAAUCUGCAGAGAAGAUAAUGCAACAAUCGAGUCUAGUACGAGCCGUGGAUGGAGCUCAGGUCUGGAACUCUUUAAGAGGCCAAAUGGAAGGGCUGAAAAUGGCGGUGCAGCUUCAAAUCUACUGUAUCAAGCUGGCUACACUUCCUCAUCUGGCUCAGAUCACUCGCCUUCUAGUUCGAAUUCUGAUUGCCAGGACCGGACUGGGCGAAUCAUUUUCAAACUUUUUGACAAGGACCCAAGUAAUUUUCCAGGGACACUUAGAACUCAGAUCUUUGACUGGCUUUCGCACAGUCCGUCAGACAUGGAGAGCUAUAUUAGGCCGGGUUGCGUGGUUUUAUCAGUUUAUGUCUCCAUGCCUUCGAUUGCCUGGGAUGAGCUGCAAGAAGACAUCCUUCAGCGUGUCAGUUGGCUCGUUCAGGAUCCCAGUUCUGAUUUCUGGAGAAGCGGGAGGUUUUUGAUCCACACUGAUAGGCAACUAGCAUCGCAUAAAGAUGGAAAGAUUCGUAUGUGCAAAUCUUGGAGAACAUGGAGUGCCCCAGAAUUGAUGUCUGUGUCACCUCUGGCAGUUCUGGGCGGGCAGGAGACUUCCCUUGUUUUGAGAGGUCGCAAUUUGACAGUUCCUGGUACCAAAAUUCAUUGUACAUACAUGGGUGGAUAUGUGUCUAAAGAAGUUUCAGGAUCAGCUUAUUCAGGCACCAUGUAUGAGGACUCAAGCUUAGAGAGUUUUAAUUUCCCUGGUGGAGCUCCUAAUGUCUUGGGUCGCUGUUUUAUAGAGGUGGAGAAUGGCUUCAAAGGAAACAGCUUUCCUGUUAUAAUUGCAGAUGCUGCUAUUUGUCAAGAAUUGAGAAUCCUCGAAUCUGAGUUUGAGGAAGAUGCUAGAAUGAUGGAUAUCAUUUGCGAAGACCGGAUUCAGGAUUUCAGACAGCCAAGAUCCAGGGAGGAUGUGCUGCACUUUCUAAAUGAACUUGGAUGGAUCUUCCAAAGAAAGAGCACCCCGAGGCCUUCAAGUGCCGUAUUCUCUACUACUCGAUUCAAAUUCCUCUUCACAUUUUCUGUUGAGCGGGAUUGGUCUGCUCUAGUGAAAACACUUUUAGACAUACUUGUGGAAUGGAACUCUGGAACGGAUGGACCAUCAAGGGAAUCCUUGGAAACACUUUCAGAAAUCCACCUCUUGAACCGGGCAGUGAAGAGGAAGUGCAGGAAAAUGGUUGAUUUGCUUCUCCACUAUUCUGUGAAUGGUAGUGGUGCGUCAAAGAAGUACCUCUUUCCUCCAAAUUUAGCUGGGCCGGGAGGCGUCACACCGUUACAUUUGGCUGCUUGCACACAGGACUCCAUUGACAUGGUUGAUGCGCUGACAGAUGAUCCACAAGAGAUUGGGUUGAACUGCUGGAACUCUCUCUCGGAUGCAAACGGGCAGUCCCCAUAUGCAUAUGCCUCGAUGAGGAACAACCAAUCUUACAACAAACUGGUGGUCAGGAAGCUUGUGGACAGGAAAAAUGGUCAAGUGUCAAUAGCAAUGUCAAAUGCAGAGAUCUCCUUAGACCAGUCGUGGAUAAUGGCAGAGCCUGAUAAACCAAAUCCCCAACCCCUGCAAGUGAGGUCAUGUGCCCAGUGCUGUGCGGUCAUGGCCACAAAGCAGGCUAGGAGAAUGCCCAGGGCUCAAGGUUUGCUUUACCGUCCAUACGUCCACUCGAUGCUUGCAAUUGCAGCUGUCUGCGUUUGUGUGUGCCUGUUCCUUCGAGGCUCUCCAGAUAUUGGUUCUGUUGCCCCCUUCAAAUGGGAGAAUAUAGGCUACGGCCACAGUUAGUAAGAAAGCGAGAAUUAAAACACAGACAAAGGUGGUCUUGCACAGUACAAGGAAGAUUGCUCAGUUUGCUUCUGUUAAUACCAUAUUCUGGUAAAAAAAUGAUGCAUGCCAUGAGAUGAACAGUUUUAUGCGUUGGAAUUGGAUCCAUGAAAGUGUUGGUUUUUUACCAGUUUGCACCUGAGGAACGGACAGAUUCCUGGGGCAGUAGUUCUUGGAAGAUUGGCAUCUUUUGAGAGGAAGGGAUGAAGAAAAGGUGGCCAAAAAGGAAGAGAUCAGGUCGGUGAGGAAUGGUUUCUUGUGGGAGUGAAGAGGGGAAAAAGGCAGAAAAGCAGGGGCAGAAAACAGGAGAGAGAGAGAGAGAAAUAUGGGAAAGAAUUACUCACAAGGUGUGGAUUUCUAUGCCCAGAGAAAUUGGGUAUGGAAAACUUACUGUUCUAGCAUUUUUAUAGUGUUAUUCACUUUACCUUUUUUUUUUCCCGUUAUUUGGAUUCAUAGGGCUCUUGUUAGUACAGCGUAAACUGACUCACUGUAAAAUCAGAAUACUUCCCCACUGAAACUAUAUCAUAUAUAGGAAAAUAUUUAUUCAAUGUGCUGAGGAAUAAUACAGUUUAUUUA